AUGCUAUGCCAUAGCAUGGGUGGUGUUCCAGUACCAACAUUGUUUUUGCUACCUGUUUUGAAGAAUCUCCCUAUAGAACUCGAGGAAUUCUCGAGAUCUGGUGAAGCAUUUUUCACCUCAUAUUCCAAGGGAUGGGUCACAAGGGAACUAUUCAUUGCUUGGACCUUACAAUUCAUUGAGUUUCUCAGCGGAUAUCGCAUGAGGUUGUGUAUCGAGCAGAGGGAUCGACCAUUCUGUUUCAACCUCAACAUUAUCAAACAUUAG